AUGGGGAGCCUAUACUCGGAGUACCUGAGCCCCAACAAGGUCCUGGAACACUACAACUACACAAAGGAGACUCUGGACACACAGGAGACACCGUCCCGCCAGGUGGCCUCGGCCCUCACCAUCAUCCUCUGCUGUGCUAUCGUGGUGGAGAACCUACUGGUGCUCAUCGCGGUCACACGCAAUAGCAAGUUCCACUCAGCCAUGUACCUGUUCCUGGGCAACCUGGCCGCCUCGGACCUCCUGGCAGGCGUGGCCUUCAUAGCCAAUACCUUGCUGUCAGGCCCUGUCACACUGGGGCUGACUCCUGUGCAGUGGUUUGCCCGUGAGGGCUCUGCCUUCAUCACACUCUCCGCCUCGGUCUUCAGCCUCCUGGCGAUUGCCAUUGAGCGGCACGUGGCCAUUGCCAAGGUCAAGCUCUACGGCAGCGACAAGAGCUGCCGCAUGCUUCUGCUCAUCGCGGCCUCCUGGCUCAUCUCGCUGGCUCUCGGCGGCCUGCCCAUCCUUGGCUGGAACUGCCUGGGCCACUUGGAUGCCUGCUCCACUGUCCUGCCGCUCUACGCCAAGCACUACGUGCUCUGUGUGGUGACCAUCUUCUCUGUCAUCUUGUUGGCCAUCGUGGCUCUGUACAUCCGCAUCUACUGCGUGGUCCGCUCGAGCCAUGCCGACGUGGCCGGUCCGCAGACACUGGCCUUGCUCAAGACAGUCACCAUAGUGCUGGGUGUUUUCAUUGUCUGCUGGCUGCCUGCCUUUAGUAUCCUCCUCCUGGACUAUGCCUGCACGGUCCGGUCCUGCCCUAUCCUCUACAAGGCCCACUACUUCUUCGCCUUCGCCACCCUCAACUCGCUGCUUAACCCUGUCAUCUACACGUGGCGCAGCCGGGACCUGCGGCGGGAGGUGCUGCGGCCGCUGCAGUGCUGGGAGCGGGCAGCAGGGGUGCCAGGACGGCGGAGCGGGACCCCGGGCCACCGCCUCCUGCCCCUGCGCAGCUCCAGCUCACUGGAGAGGGGUACACACAUGCCCACAUCACCUACGUUUCUGGAGGGCAACACAGUGGUCUGA